AUGUUACUUGUAACAGCUACGAAAAGUCCUGAUGGACUAAUUGAUUGGAUUGAACUCAAGCCCGAGUUUUACUGCUCCAUAGUAAAAUGCAUCCUUCGACUUGCCUCAAAACACACAGCAAAAUUCAAGUCUGCUUCUGCAAAAGAAGCCCUAUUCCAAUUCCUCAUUAAUCUCCUCAAUGGCAGAGCCACUUGCACUGCCUUCUUCCAUGAAAUGAAGACUGCCACGGCCCCGAAAGGUGCUAACAGGGAGAGUAGAUGCAAGGACACAGAGAAGUUGAAAGUUCAAGUUGAAAAUAGAAAGAAGUCAGAAGUCAAUGUCAAUGAUGCGGAGGUGAAGAAGAUACCACUAGACCAAACCCCAGACUUGAACCCAGCCAUUGCAACUGCCAACUCAGGGCCCAGCCCCACAGCCCCAGAAAAGAACCUCUCACCGACUCCCAUUAAUCGCCCUCCCAACCUGGAGGCGAUCUCACAGGUGCAAAACCCUGCAGUUAACCAGGAACUCAAGAUGAAGAAAAGCAGAUGCUCAGGAAUUCAGAAUCAUCCAGCAUGUGAGGAAUGCCACACAAGGCUGGCUGCUGGCACCAAGCUUAACCGCUAUCCCAAAUGCACAGUGCACCGCUUCCGCAGAAAUGGUGAGACAUACAUUGAUGGGUACACGGACUACUCUUGCUAUUGUGCUGAAGAGUACAAACAGAGAUGGAGACCCUUGACAGCAUAUGAAUAA